AUGGAGGAGAGCACACAAUCCCUGAAGUUCGUGGGAGCGGAUGUGACGAAUACCGAUAUCGCACAGGCAUGUCUGCGCCAAGCCGUUACGCACGUUGAACUUCACAAUUGCGAUCGUGUUACGGACGUGAGUGCACUGGCGGAUAUUCCAACUUUAGUGGAGGCACGUAUUUACUCAUGCAAGAGAGUGCGAUGUUUUGGUUUAUUGUGUCAAAAAGAAUCAUCACUGCGGAAACUCGUACUUUUUAGGACACCAAUAACAGGAGCUCAAUUAAAGGAUUUAAGAAGUCAUGGGAUUGAAGUUGUUCUUAAAGAGAGUACUGGUUUUGAAAAAAUGGUACGACCGUCUGAAUCGCUUGUUAAGUCUUCUUUAGAUCUGAUUCGAAAGGUGACGGCUGAUGUUAAACCAGAACAAAUUGGAAUAGCCUUUAAUGGUGGAAAGGAUUCUGUUGUAAUGAUGGAUCUCCUUUUAUGCGUUUUUGGUAGUGAGGUAAUGAAAAAAUUCUGUAUUUUUGUUCUUGGAAUUGGGGGUAUGGAGGAGUUUAAUGAAAUGGUGUCAUUCAGAGAGAAUUAUGCUAGUACCAAUGGUUUUGUUCUAACCAAGACGGAUUCUUCACUUUCUAUGAAGGAAGGACUUGAAUAUCUUAAAGAAACCAGAGAUAUUCAACUUGUUUUUAUGGGGACACGAAAAAGUGACAGUGCUCACCAAAAAGAAAGUGUAGAACGUACCACAAAAGGAUGGCCAGAUAUGUUGCGUGUCUGUCUAUUGUUUAACUGGAGUUAUGAAGAUAUAUGGGGUUACAUCCUCGCAUACGGUAUUCCAUUCUGCAGUUUAUAUGCAGAAGGGUAUACCUCUCUUGGAAGCCUUAAUAGCACAGCACCGAAUCCUCUUCUCCGCCGUAGUGAUGGAACUUUCAGUCCUGCCUGGGAGUUGAGUGACAGUUCUGCCGAGAGGAAUGGUCGCCACGUAAAAGCAUAG